UCAUCGACGAUUCAAGGCGCGUGCCUGCAAGUGAAGCGGCAGCGACGGCACGCGCAUCCCCGGAUCCAGAUCAGAGCAUCUGCAGUGGCCGAGCCGUCUCUCAGCAGACCUGGAGCCACACUAUGAGUCCGCAUCGCGUCUGAUGGCGGUGAUGCUUUGGUGAACAGCUCUGUAGAUUGACGUGGCAUCGCGUGAGGGGCCCGGACACCACCAUGAAGCUGCUCCUUGUGAUGACUUUCUUAUUCCGCCAGGCAUUUUCCGGUUCUCCGAGCGUCCAGAUCGGUGGUUUAUUUCCCAGAGGUGCAGAUCAGGAGUACAGUGCGUUCAGAGUUGGAAUGGUUCAGUUUGGGAUGGCAGAUUUCAGAUUGACUCCACAUAUAGAUAACCUGGAGGUGGCCAACAGCUUUGCUGUUACUAAUUGCUUCUGUUCUCAGUUCUCCCGGGGCGUCUACGCCAUUUUUGGCUUCUAUGACAAGAAGUCGGUCAACACUAUCACAUCCUUUUGUGAGACACUCCAUGUCUCCUUCAUCACACCGUCUUUCCCAGCAGAAGGAAUGAAUCAGUUUGUCUUGCAAAUGAGGCCAGACAUCAAGGGGCCCCUAGUUUCAUUAGUGGAAUACUACAAGUGGGAAAAGUUUGCCUAUCUGUAUGACAGUGACAGAGGUCUUUCUACUCUUCAGGUGAUACUGGACACUGCAGCAGAGAAAAAGUGGGUUGUAACAGCCAUAAAUGUAGGAGACCUGAAAGAUGAGAGAAAAGAUGAAGCCUACCGCUCCCUCUUUCAGGACUUGGAAAUCCGUAAAGAGCGACGCAUCAUCCUGGACUGCGAACAAGAUAAAGUCAAAGAUAUUAUGGAGCAGGUGAUCACUAUAGGCAGACAUGUGAAGGGACACCACUACAUCAUCGCAAACUUAGGAUUUCUGGAUGGUGACCUCUCUAAAAUCCAGUACGGAGGUGCAAAUGUUUCUGGAUUUCAGAUAGUUGACUUUGAUGAUCCUGUGGUGGCAAAGUUUGACCAAAGGUGGGAAGCUUUGGAAGAGAAAGAGUAUCCUGGAGCUGAUUCAAGAAUAAGAUACACUUCAGCCCUCACCUAUGAUGCAGUCCAUGUGAUGACUGAGGCAUUUCGCUUCCUGCACAAGCAGAGAAUAGACAUGAGCCGUCGUGGUAACAGCGGGGACUGCCUAGCUAAUCCAGCAGUACCUUGGGCACAGGGCGUGGAGAUUGAACGGGCCCUUAAACAGGUACGUGUAGAUGGUUUAACUGGAAACAUUCAGUUUGACCAGUAUGGGAAGAGGAUCAACUACUCAGUUACAAUCAUGGAGCUUAAGAACAAUGGACCUUUAAAGAUCGGCUAUUGGAAUGAGGUGGAUAAGAUGGUGCUGACAAAGUCAGAGAUGUAUAAUAAUGACACAAUGGGAAUGGAAAACAAGACUGUCAUCGUUACAACUAUACUGGAAGCCCCUUAUGUGAUGCUAAAAAAGAAUGCUGAGCUGUUUCAAGACAAUGACCGCUAUGAAGGUUACUGUGUUGACCUGGCUGCAGAAAUUGCAAAGCACUGUGGUAUUCGCUACAAGCUUAGGAUUGUAGGAGAUGGCAAAUAUGGAGCAAGAGAUGCUGAGACCAAGAUCUGGAAUGGAAUGGUUGGAGAGUUGGUGUACGGGAAAGCAGACAUAGCAGUUGCUCCGCUGACGAUUACUCUUGUUCGGGAAGAGGUGAUUGAUUUCUCCAAACCCUUUAUGUCCCUGGGAAUCUCCAUCAUGAUCAAAAAGCCUCAGAAGUCCAAACCAGGAGUUUUCUCCUUUCUGGACCCACUGGCCUAUGAAAUCUGGAUGUGUAUUGUCUUUGCCUACAUUGGAGUCAGUGUUGUUCUGUUUCUGGUGUCAAGGUUCAGCCCCUAUGAGUGGACACUUGAGGAGCCAGAGGACGGCGCAUUGCCACUGACAACCGAAUCAACCAAUGAGUUUGGGAUCUUUAACUCUCUGUGGUUUUCUCUGGGUGCUUUCAUGCGACAGGGGUGUGAUAUUUCCCCAAGGUCUCUUUCAGGUCGUAUAGUUGGAGGGGUGUGGUGGUUCUUCACUCUGAUUAUUAUCUCAUCAUACACUGCCAACCUGGCUGCCUUCUUGACGGUGGAGAGAAUGGUUUCUCCCAUUGAGAGUGCUGAGGACCUUGCUAAGCAGACAGAGAUUGCCUAUGGGACACUGGACUCUGGGUCAACCAAAGAAUUCUUCAGGCGCUCUAAAAUUGCCCUGUUUGACAAGAUGUGGCAGUACAUGAAAUCCGCAGAGCCUUCCGUGUUUGUCAAGAAAACAUCGGAGGGCGUCCAGCGUGUGAGGAAGUCCAAAGGAAAGUACGCUUACCUGCUGGAGUCCACCAUGAAUGAGUACAUCGAGCAGAGGAAACCUUGUGACACCAUGAAAGUGGGAGGGAACCUGGACUCCAAAGGCUACGGGAUUGCCACGCCCAAAGGAUCCCCAUUAAGAGUGCCAGUAAACCUUGCCGUAUUGAAACUGAAUGAGCAAGGGACCCUAGACAAGAUGAAAAACAAGUGGUGGUACGAUAAAGGAGAGUGUGGCUUCAAGGACUCCACCAAUAAGGAAAAGACCAGCGCUCUGUCCCUUAGCAACGUGGCAGGAGUUUUCUACAUCCUGGUCGGAGGCCUGGGCCUGGCCAUGAUGGUGGCUCUGGUCGAAUUCUGCUACAAGAGCCGUGCUGAAGCCAAAAAGAUGAAGAUGAAAUUCACAGAUGCAAUGCGCUCCAAAGCUCGUCUGUCUAUCACUGGGUCAACAAGUGAGAACGGCCGUGUUCCAGUGGCUUACCUUCGCCCAGGAUUACCCAUGAGCCUCAGCAUGACUGAUCUCUCAUGACCUCACACAAGUCAGUGCCUUACAGCCAGUCAACACACUUUCAUCGAUCCCCGCUGUAAGUGAAGUGGACAGAAAGGGUUGCCCUCUUCAAGAAAAACACAAGACAUAUUACCAGUAAUAAUGGGCGACCUGCCCCACCUUUUAUUCUGGAUUUUAUUCAUUCAAAACUCUUCACUCCUUUACAUCUGGUCUACCAAAACUAGGCAGAUGACCUUCUACUAUCUGGUUGUCAGGCUUCUGAAAAGACCUGCCCACUUGUAAAGUGAUUCAUGCGACGAUAGAAGGGAGAGAUGGCUGGUCCUAAGCAAAUCCAUGACAAACAAUCAAGCACAGAGGACAGUUUUUUAAUUCAAAUGUUACUCGUUUUGUAGAUUUUUGCCAUGGAGACUUCUAUUGUACAGAAAACAAGGACAACAGCGAUGCCGACGUUCAUGCAAUAACAACAGUUAUCAGGGAUGUGAUCAGGAACUGUGGGGACACAAGCAGGACCUUGUUUGAAAUGUGUUAAAAGUGCCAUGAACAAAAACUGAUGUCCUGAGAAAUCAGUAUAUAUUGUGACAGAUAACGAUGUGAUUGUUCCAAUUUUCUUCUUCUGUUUACCUGUAAAUCUUCAUUUGAGAAACACGUAACGACACACACACAAAUACACACAUCCAGGUCAAAUUAAAUAUUAAUAGAAAUCAACCAAAAUUUAAUAAGAAUUCUAGUUGAUGAGGUUCUGUAAUUUUAAUUAGGACAUUUGGUAACGUCGUUAAAAACACCAAACUCAUGCAACUCAGGCUGACACCCAUUCUUUCAGUUACUUCAGUAUAAUAAGUUACAAACUAUCUUAUCGCUAAGUUUUUGUAAUCCAAACCUACUGUACUAACAGUUUCCUCCUGUUAAUGAACAGUACCUUAUCUGAAUUACUAUUUUACCUGUUUGAAUCACUCAGUUUUUAUAAAAUACUUAAUCCAUUCAUCCAUCCAUCAAACCUUGUUGGCAUAUCUGAGGUUAGCUAAAGAGCCAAGCGUCUCCUGGGUGACCCUGAGGAAUUCCCUGGCUAAAAGGGAUGCAUGAUUCCUCCAGCAAGGUCUGGGUCUUUCAAGCAUCUCUUCCCAGCUGGACACGCUGAAAAACCCCCACAUGAAGGAAAGAAGAGGGGUCAAUCAACGCAGGGGUGCCUGUGGUUCUACUGUACUGGAUGAUUAAGCUAAGGAACUCUUUACUCUAUCCCUAAGACUGAGGCCUAGGGUGGACACCACUCAGUACGCCUCAUGUACCCAUGAUAGGAUUAUGUGUCCCAUGACAGACUUAGAGCUUUCCCUUCCAGCUCAGCUCCUUCUCGGUCAGCACAGACCUGCAGAGAAGGCCCCAACUCAUCUCUCACUCCAUCAUCCCAUCACUGCCAUCAUCUACCCAAACUGAUUUGAGAUUCCACCUUUUCAUGGUGGAUGGUUAGGAACCAUCUAUAUGUUGCAAACUGCUGUGCACCACUGUAGAGCAUCCUGAUGGUCAUUCUCCAAUGGCGCUAUUAGAACCUCAUCAUCUGCAAAAAGAUGAGAUACAACCUGGAGGUUCUCUGACAAAUUCAAGACUACACUAUACGAUUCUGUCCAUGAUCACCUCAGAGAAGGUCAGGGUCACAUAGCAGCCCUGUUGGAGCCCAACCCAUUCUAGAAGCAAGUUCAGCUUUGUGCUUAAAAUGGAAAAGCAGCUCUGGCUUUGGUAGAUGGCCUACAAAGGGACUCCUGGCACCCAGCGGCUCCCCCAUCAUGAACAUGCAUCAGGCGACAUAUUCAUAACAGCUCCUAACCUUCUCCUGGAUCUGAGGUUCACCAAUCAGCCUGAGCCUUCUUUAGCAACACCCCGGAGUAAACUGUGCCAAGGGGGCAGCGUGUUACCCUGAAGCGCCUGUUUGCUCUGUCACUCCACAGGCUGCCUGCGAAACACUGAGGAGGCAUUUCAAUAGCGACCACCUCCCAACAUUCUGAACCUUCAGCAUCUCAGGGAGAAUCUUGUCCACCUUUCCAACAGAGAGCUUUCUCAUUAACUCAGACCACCCAUAGUCCUUGCCUUCCACCAAGUCUGUGGACUUGGAGAAAAGUAAGGAUUAAGGAUUUCCUCUAAAUGCUCUUCUCACCUGUCAACAGUGUCUUCAGUCAUGAUCAGCAGUUUGUCUCCCCUGGGUACACCAGGGUAUGAGAGAAUACAGUCCCUCAGAGUUUGGUUGCAGAGAUAUCGCUGUGUGUGAAGCCUGACAGUCUCUAGUUGGUGUUGCUCAAGUUCUUAACCAAGAUCCUGGUCCUUUCCUACCUGCAAGUUGCCAUUACAUGUAUAGGCACGCACAGGUCCUCACCCUUACCUUCACACAGCUCCUUCUGCACCAGAAACUCUCCCUGCAGCUGAUAGGUUCACAAGGAGAUGGAUGCCUGUUGCCGUUAUAGGUCCGGCCUUGCUGAGCCCCAGGAACCAGGACUCAACCGUUAGAACUGGGUCUAGGGGGGUGCAAUGAUGUCAGUAUUCAGAAUUGGAAACCAUAUCAUAGAUGUGAAAUUGAAAUUGAGUAUUUUGGAACAGUGUUGUGUAAGUUAAUACAUUUUAUUGGCUUCAUGCAGUGACGAUAUUGAAAGAAGGAACGAUGAGGAGAGGAAGAGCGGGUGGGUUUGGGUUACGUGAUCACAGUGCUUUACCCCAGAAGAAUUUCUACAAAAACAGAAGGGUCAAGGUGUGCAAAUGUAUCAUAAUGUCCAAAUGUAUUUUGUAAAUGGAUAUAAAUACAUAAAAGGGAAAACACGCCUAAAGAUAGGUGAUAUAGUUUAAAACGCAUUCUGAACUUCACCAUAGAGGAGAGUUAUCUGCAUUUUUUUGUUGUUGUUGUUAUCAUCACUGUUGUUUUAAGAAUUUUAAGAAAAACAGCAUCCUUGCACACAUUGAAUUGAUGGCAACGCUCCAACAACUCCCUGACGUGGUCGGGGCUGGAAAUCCUGCAGAGCCACAUAGGACAAAGUGUUUUUUAUGCAUCGCGUUAAACUACAUUUAUUUCUGUAAAUAUGAAAAUGUGAGAUGAAUUUGUCUUCUUUUUUAAAAGCCAACAUACAACACGACAAGAAAUACUCACAUUGUUUACUGUACAUGGUGUACACUUAAAAAUGCAUCACACAAGACAUCCCUGCACAUGUUAUCAUCAGAAGAGUUCUGAAGCCAAGUGGAGGAUGUGCCAAACAGACUGAGGAGCAACCGAAGCUCUCCGACGGCAGCUGCUGAAACUGAACCCUGAGCCAGCAGAAGCUCUCACCUCCGUGAGACGGACUAUAUAAUGUGAAAACUUUUCAAAACUUUACUGCAUUGAUGGUGCCAACAGUGACAAGGAAGAUGAAGAUUGGACAAAGAGAGCAUUUGCAUGUCACUUAAUUUUUUUUUUUUUUUUUCGGAUCAACCUGUCAGCCUGAACCCUUAUGACUGGCUGCAUAGUAGUGUUUGAUAAUGAUAACCGUUAGAAGAAUAUAAACAAUAUUAAUUGCAGUACUACUGUUGUUCCUGUUAUGUAAAUGUAUGCUUUUAAGAAUUUGAUUCUGCUGCUUUGUUUCUAAAAGAGCUGUUCUUUGUUUGGCUAGUUUUCAGCUUAAUGGGAAGCUAAAACACACUUCAACCUGACAAACGUCUGACACCUGAGUAACACAAGCCGAGAGGAGCGCUUCAGUCUCAUUUCAGGUUUAUCGUGGGGAUUUCCACGGUCCCAUCAGCCACUGAGACGUGGAAAAAUCAUCACAGUUCACUGCUGACUUUGUGAUUGCUUUCUCUUUUUCUAAUAAAAUAAUAAAAUUUCGAGGAAAAAAAACUGUUUCCAAUGGUGAGGUUGUAAGUUUUCAGUGUAAGGCAGUUUGUGAGUCAUUUUUAACAUUUUUGCCUCAUGAAUACACGAAGAACAAGGCUGUAUCAGGGUGACAUUUACCAAAAGGCUUGGGACGGAGUGCAAUUUGUUGUAGUUAUUAUGUAUGUGUGCAGUUUUUUUUUUUUUUUUUUUUUUAUUACUGACUACAUCUGAUGUUGGCUAACUACCAUGCCCUUCGAAAUGUUUCCAUACCCUUUAAACUUGUUCACAAUUUGUCCCGUUACAGCCACUUGCAGUAGUAGUGCAUAACUGUAAACUAGAAGGAAGAUUAUACGUGGAUUUGGAAGCUUUAAACAAAUCUGAAAGGUGUGGCAUGCAUAUGUAUUUACCCCGAGAGUGAGUUAAUAAUUUAGGGAAGCACAUUUUGCUACAAAGGUCCUCUGGGUUAUGUCUCUACCACUUUGUCUUUCUAUAGGCUAAUUUUUUUUUUACCUAGUUGGGUUUGAUGAAGAGUAUCUGCCAUUAUCAACUUUCAGGUUUUGCCAGAUAUUUCAACAUAGAUUUCUAGCUGGACUUUGAAUGACCUAUUCUAACAUAAGUUAGAGUGGGUAGCAGUCAUACCAGCACCACAGAAUGAUGUAAAGCCCUCCAUUGUGGCUCUGCCUGUGGCUUUUGGGCUGUUUUUCUUCUGAAAGGGAAACCUCCGCCACAGUCCUUUACAGCUUCUGACAGGGUUUUUUUUUUUUUAUGUGAUUACAUGUUCCCAUCUGCUCUGACCUGCUGUGUUCCUUGGUCUGUGUGAUACUAGUAAUUCCCUAAUGUUCUCUAAGACACCUGAGGUCAGAAACAGAACAGCUGGAUUUAAACUUUGAUUAAAUUAUAAACAAAUGGAGGAUUGAGCUUUGAAGGCAGUGGAUUUUAUUCAGGACUAUCAGAGUAAAACCGGCAUGUCACGAUUUUCAGGUUUUAAGUUGUUAAAAUCGUCACCUUUAAUUUAUUAUUUUCCCUCUGCUCCACGAUUAUACACGCUGUUGUGUCGAUCUAUCACGGAACAUCCCAAUGCCAUACAAUGAGGUUUGUGGCUGUAAAGUGACUUAAUGUGAAAAGGGUGUGGGAAUAGUUUUACAAGGCAGCAUGAGAAGGAACCAGAAAACAAAUGCCUCGGCCAUGCUGAUACAUAUUUGCCUCUUUAGGUGAUCUUUUGGUUAUGGAAAAGGCAGAAUUUAUUGUAUCAUGACUUUCUAUUUAUGUUGUUAAUAUGCAAAUGUCACUAUAAGAGUGUUUGACUGUAUUCACAAAUGAACACUCAUUGUGAUGAUACUUGGUUUGUAAUCUAUUUACAGUAAACAAUAAACAUGCAUGCUCUCAACAUGA